UGAAUACAAAAUCAGCCAUGUCAAAGAUUCCGUCCCCGACAUUCUUCCCCGACGAUAUCAUCACUGAGAUUAUUUCGUUACUUCCAGUUAAGCCUCUUCUUCGAUUCCAAUGUGUAAGUAAUUCUUGGAACACUCUCAUUUCUGAUCCUUCUUUUGUGAAAUUCCAUCUCAAAAGAUCAAAAGCAUCACCAAAUCAGCUAUUUACACUCAUCACUAAUCACUUCACACCUGUCGAGGGAAAAAAAUGUUACUACAGUGAUUGGAGUGUUGUUCCAUAUCCUAUAAGUAGUUUAUUUGAAAACCCGCCAACUACGUUUGACGGUUAUUCUCGUUAUUUUUUAAACGAAAAAGAUUACCAUCACUCUCGUAUUGUUGGUUCCUGCAACGGAUUAAUCUGUUUGGCUCAUCAUGAUUUGACUUCCACCCAUGAAGAGUACUGGUUCCGAUUAUGGAACCCCGCCACUAGAAAAAUAUCUAAAAGAAUUGGAUAUUCUCAUCAUCCAAGAUUAGCCUUUGUCUUCAAUUUUGGUUGUGAUGAUUCCACAUGCACUUUUAAAGUGGUUGCAUCCUGCUACACUCGUGAUGAAUAUACAAGCGAGGUGAAAGUUUUAACAGUUGGUGAUAAUGUUUGGAGAAAUAUUGAAAGUUUCCCCGUAGUUCCUUUUGGUAUAAACCAUAGGCAGGAUGAUUGUGUGUUUUUAAAUAGCUCUCUUAACUGGUUGGCUAUUCACAAGGACAUCCAGAACUACCUCCACGACGAGUUCGCCCAGUACUACUACGACAUUUGGGCUACUUUUAUAAGGGAUUAUACUAUCGAGGACCUUGCUAUUGUUUCACUUGAUCUGAGGACGGAGACAUACAAUCAGUAUCUAUUGCCUCAGGGUUUUGAUAAGCUGCCGCCGGUAGAGCCAACCGUCAGUGUGUUGGGGGAAUGCCUUUGUUUUUCUUAUUUUCAACUGGAAACGGAUAUGGUUAUAUGGCAGAUGAAGAAAUUUGGGGUCGAAGAGUCUUGGUUUCAAUUUCUUAAAAUUAGCUACCACGUUCUUCAAUUAUACUAUAACUUUAGUUACAAUCAUCCCCGAUUAUUGCCAUUGCUUCUGUCUAAGGAUGGUGAUUCAUUGAUAUUGUGCACUACUACUGGUGGUGGGGAAGAAAUUAUUUAUAACUCGAAAGAUAAUAGUGUGCAGCGAAUAGUAGUUAAUGUGAAAAAAACUAUUACUGAUGAUGAAAGUUGCAAUGUUUUAUACUUGCACUUGGCUCAAGGUUAUGUUGAAAGCUUAAUUUCGAUUUGUUGAAAGUAAGUUCAUAAUCCAUGGUUUCCUUGUUUGAAUUUAUGUAAAUUCAUAGUAAUAGACAGUGUGAAUAUCC